GAAGAAUCACCUUGGGACACUUAUCGUCGGACACUCAAGUGUAACCUGGCGGGCGAGGUGUUCAUUGCAGCUCGCCGUUCCUAUCCGUUCCAGGUGGUAGCCAUUCGGGAGUACACCAAAGGGGACGUAGCUAAAAUGCAACGACUGUAUGAUAUCCUUGAUCACGAUAAUGUAUUGACGGCCCGAGAGUGCUUUGUCAAUGAAGGAUACAUGUACGCUCUCGUUAACGACCUCCAGCUUACUUUGGAGCAACUUGUGGGGUGUCGGUCUCUUUAUCCCACGGAGGCGGAAUUAGCUUCCAUAAUUUGGCAGAUUCUGAAUGGUUUAUGUUACCUCAAUGAAACCGGAUUAGAACAUCAGUCUCUGAGAUGCCGGAAUAUUCUUCUCGACCUAGAUGGUGUUAUCAAGAUCGGAGAGUUGAUGCUUCUUGCUAGGUCUAUUUUAGUCUCUGCAAGGAUGUUCUAUUCCUACGAGAGGUAG